AUGAAAGAUCAACAACAACAGCUGCACAGUUGGGGCAUUAAGAGUGCCAUAUCGAGCGACGAACAGAUAAACGUGAAAGAUAUUGCAAGUGCCGAUGUUUCGGUAAUAUUUGUCACACCGGAGGCAUUGAUACGGAACCAGUGGAGGGACCUCUUACUGGAUUCCAAAUUCCAGAAAAGGCUUUGCCUGUUGGCAUGUGACGAAGCUCAUUGCGUGUCUGAGUGGGGAGAGAAUUUCCGGCCAGAGUUCCGACAGAUUUCCACUGUUCGUAGUCUUUGCGAUGUGCCACUCCUGGCCAUAACGGCAACAGCAACAGAUAAGGUUCGUGCUGAUAUCAUCCGGUACCUGGACGUGAAGGACGACGCCUAUGCCAUUGGCAUCAUUCCAGAUAGGCCGAAUAUCACGUUGUGUGUAAAGGAAAGGUGCAGCCACGACGAACAGCAAGAACUAGCAUGGUUGUUGGAGAAAGUAAAGGCUGAAGAUGACCCACGGACAAUGUGCAAGACUGUUAUUUUCUGCAGGUCCUAUCUGAUGGUAUUCAGGGUCUGGUCGUGGCUCCACAAAAGCCUUGGGUUUCAGACCUAUGCCGGUGAAGAGCAGGAAAAUCAUAGUUUGGUGGAAAUGUUCACAUCGUCUUCCCCUGAAAAAACAAAAGACAGGAUAUUGGCGGUAUUUUCCAGCCCGGAUAGUUCUAUCCGCAUUCUAGUAUCCACCGUGGCGUUCGGUAUGGGUGUGGACAUCAGAGACAUUAAGCUCGUGCUGCACUGGGGUGCUCCACGGUCAUUUCUUUCCUACUGGCAGGAAGUUGGACGAGCAGGACGUGACGGCAAUGAGGCAUUUGCUGUCAUGUAUCCGUACAGAAGAUCGAUGAUGUCAUCUGUCUGCGACAAGGACUUUGCCGCGUCAAUUGCAGUGGAUCAGUGCCUGCGGGAAAAAACUUUAAUAGCACUCACGACAUGCGACAUGAAGAAGGAGGAUAUUCCACAAAGGAUAAAUUGCAAAGACAACAAUUGCAUCAUUUGUGAAUGCGACCUGUGUCGUUGCUGUUCUACACAGAUCUACUCGUUUCGAAAUGAGAUCUCAAUCAACGGAAUGCCACCUGAGCGGUCUUCUGGAGGUUGUGGGAGUCUAUCGGCUUGA